UUGGAAAGGAAGCAACCAUUCCUACACCACAGGGGCUGACGGGUUAGCCAGUCCAGAGAAACCAGCGUUCUGGAUUCCUCUCCCCCCGUUUUUCACAUUAGACUAAUCCUGAAAAGGAGGGGGGCACGGGGCAGUAAUCUGGGAGCCAGCUGAUCUCUGCUUUGGUAUUCUGCGCUCUGAGAGCCGAGAGAGAAGGAAGCAGAACUCUUCGGUCCUCUGCCACGCUCUGAUAGAGGAAGCUGAGAGAGAACUCGACUCGUGAGAGGUUUCCGCGCACAGCAGGAAGCUCUGAGGCUUUUGCGACGAAAACAUGAAGCUCGGCUUUGAGACCACGUGAAGCACUGCCCCCGAGAAAAACAUCUGCGAGAGAGGAGGAGAGACAUAGGGAAGAGUGACUCACUUGUUUGGAUUCGGUCAGAAGGUGUUCCUGAGCGAAAGGUCCAAAAUGUCUUGGCUGUCACCCGUACAGUGGGCCAAAUGGACCUGGACGGCCGUGAGGGGAGGAGGGGAGGACGACGACGGUGAGACGGAUUCAGUGAUGGACCACCAGCCCUUCAGGGAAGAGGCGCAAGAAGCUCUGGCAGGAGAUCAGGAAGACAAAAGGUCUGAUGGCUGCAGUUCGGAUUCAGAGGGACAGUUUGAGACGCCUGAGGCUGAGACGCCCGUCCAUCAACUACUUAAAGAACCGGCACCACUGGAUCGACCAAUCACAGAGACAGAAAAUGAUUUAAGUCAGUUGACCUCCAUCACACGGAAGCUGACCCUGGUCGAGAGCUCUCCUGAGGAUGCACAUGCCCCGGUUGUGUUCCCAACCAGUGUGGACCCCAGCCUGACAUUAAAAGUAAAGAACCAGCCUUCCUCUCCCGUCAUGGAUGCAGACCAGCCCGAUCCUUCAGAAACAGGACAGACAGAUGACACGGAGCCCACCUGCAAUGGUCACAUCAAAGAAGCUUCCUCCAAACCACAGACUAAGUCCCUCAAGGCGAGACCUCCUUCACUCAAAGUGAAGGCCCCUCUUAAUACUGUAGAUCCCAAUGAGGUGGACGACGAGCCGCCAAUACUUCCAAAAGAAAGUUUCCACUUCGAUUCCAAUCAGUUCACAGACACCGUCAAUCCAUUCGCCUCUGGAGGUUUUGAAUUGCAGAAUUCCCCCCCUGCCAAUGGCAGUAUUCCCAAAUCUGAGUUUACAGAUGAAAUAUCCACGCAACCGGUUCAAAUGGAGUUAGGACUUGAUGAUGGGGAAGCCAAGAAGCCCCCACCCAAGAAGCUCGGAAAGAAGACAAGCAGCAAGCUGACUGCACCGAAAAAGCAACGACCAAAAGCUUCAGAGACAUCAGCUCCCCCGUCUGAGACAAUAUCAGAACAAAACCAGCCACUAUCUGAAAGCACGGCCACUCAGAGCGUUGAUGAUAUUCCUAUUCCUAAAAAAUCCUACAACUUUGAUCCAGAUCAGUGGGAUGAUCCUAACUUUAAUCCUUUUGGAGGGGGCAACAAAAUGAGCAAUCCGCCCACGCUCCCUGAGGGGUCGCUUCAUUUUGACCCUGAUAACUUUGAUGACUCUGUUGAUCCUUUCAAGCCAUCGAAAACUUUAGGGGACAAUGAUACGACUAAACCAGCAACUGAGACGAAAGCAGACAAAUGCAAACCAGAAGGCACACCGGAGCGGAGGAAGAAAGUAGGACAGUCUAUAAAGAAAAACAAAGACAGGAUCAACACGAACUCAUGUAAAGUAAAGAAGUAUGAGAACGAGACACUCGUCCUGGAUGUCUGCCAUCAGGAGAAAGACGUACAGGAUGAUCCUUCAUCUGAGCUGCCCCAUCGUGUUCAGCAUGCCACCGAUGAGGAGAAGUUAGCCUCCACUGUCAUGGGCCAGAAGGACGAUGUGGAGGACUUUUCAGAGUGCGACAAAACAACCAAAUGUAGCAAGACAGUGGAUCUUCCAAUUGGUAUAACAGAACAGUUUGAUGAGAAGGACCUCUCCUCUCCGGGUGAGGAGCUGUGUAAGAGUUCUUCAGACAGUGAUGGUGUAGAGAAGAAGAGUCCAGGCCUGGAUUCAAUUCCUCUCAGUGAGAUGGACAAGGCAGCAGUGCUCACACUGAUCAGAGAAGAGAUAAUCACCAAAGAGAUCGAAGCCAAUGAGUGGAAAAGGAAAUGUGAGGAAGGCAAACUUGAGGUCAUUGAAAUGAGGAAAAUAGUGGACGAGUAUGAGAAGACAGUAGCUCAGAUGAUAGCGGAAGAUGAGCAACGUAAGAACAUCGGACAUCAGAAGAGCGUCCAGCAGUUAACCCUGGAGAGGGAUCAGGCCCUGGCCGACCUCAACUCUGUGGAGCGCUCGCUGUCCGACCUGUUCAGACGCUACGAAAAUAUGAAGACUGUCCUUGAGGGCUUUAAGAAGAAUGAAGAAGUGCUGAAGAAAUGCGCUCAGGAAUACCUCACACGCGUUAGGCAGGAGGAACAGCGCUAUCAGACGCUCAAAAUACACGCAGAGGAGAAACUCGAUAAAGCGAAUGAAGAGAUCACUCAGGUGCGGGCCAAGGCCACUGCGGAGAGCGUGGCACUGAACGCCAGCCUGAGAAAAGAGCAGAUGAAGGCGGAGUCACUGGAGCGGGCACUUGAACAGAAGAAUCAGGAGAUUGAAGAACUCACCAAGAUUUGCGAUGAGCUCAUAGCCAAGAUGGGCACAACAGACUGAGAGGAUGUACUUAUAUUUUCCCCGUAUGCCUUGUCUGACCCAAACCCACUCUGGCCCAGCACAACACGUGAACCUCCAACUGCUUUCUUCAUUUCUUGAGUCAUUUUUCCGUGGGUCUGGCUCAGCGACUGGAAGAAAAAACAAGAUAUGAGCUGAGGAAUCAAAUUAAACGGUCGAAACAUAUUUUUACGGAUUCAAAAGUGCUGAUGUCGGACUUUUUUCCAUAUUGCCGUAAUCCACUCAAAUGUUUUAAUGGUGUGAGAGACAAACCACCCACAUAUCUGAUUCUGAUGACUGCUUUCAUUUCUGUGCAGAUGUGUGUUUUGAAUAUUGGGUUUUUUUUAAACCUGGGUGUGUAACAGUGUAUUGGAAAGCAACGUUUUACUGUGGGAAAGAGGGUCAAUGGUCUUGUUUAUAGUUUACAUGAUCGCAGUGCUGCUACUUGUUACAGAGGGAGCAAAUCAUAUUAUUUGCAACUUUUAAUUAUAGAUACAGCAUUUUGUUACAUUACUUGCCUUGAUUUUAAGUAGUACUGUAACCUGAAUAAUUGUUUUGUUUUUUUAGAGGUCAUAAUGCAGUUUUUAGAAAGACAUUUGAGCAUAUUCAAAACUUCUGUUUUAAGAGUUUAUAAGCGAGUAACAUGCAGAGCAUGCUUUCUCUUCACUGCCUGUUUGAGUUCCAUUAUCAUAUGAUAUGAAGAAUUCAUUUAGUUGCCUUUUCCCAAGUCAUGAGGUCAUAAUUAUUCUUUCAAAAGCCACCUGAAUAAAAUACAGCACAAAUGUCAAAACUAAGAGCACUUAAACUCCCUUUUAAGAUAUAUUAUAUAUUACUCUAUUUGCUGAUAGUCGAUUGCAGGGAACCCAUCAGGGAUCUCUGGAUGCUGAAAAAAUUCCAGAAUGCACCGAAAUGAAGAUGAGAGUUGACAAUCUUUUGCCAAACUUCCUGUGCCUAAUGCUAAAGUGAUAUGUGUCCUUUUCAUUUUUACCCACAAUUUCUGCUUUCGGAUGCGAUAUUUUUUCUCAGAAUAACCAACUCCCAAAUGAAACCGAUGAUCGUGUGCCAAACCUGACAUUUAAAAUGGUGUAUUGUCAUGUUAUUGUGUAAGGAGCUUUUUGAUGUUCAUGACAUUACUCACUGAAAUUUGACGUGUGUAUAUUUUUAUGAUGAAUUUUUGUGUAAUUGUUGUUUGUAAAGUGGAAGAGAGAGUGUUGCACAGAAAUGCCAUUGACUAAUAUAUUUUGUGCAAUAAUGCAUUCCCUAAAUAAAAGUAAUGAUCAGCUUGA